CUAGAUUUCAUUUUCAGAACACCCCAAUCGAACAACAAAAACACAGAGAGAGAGAGAGAGAGAGAGAGAGGGGGCAUGGACAUGGUGGCAGAACUGGUGGCAUCUCUAGAACAAGCAACCCUAAUGUCCAAACAACUCCUAAACACCUCCGACCCAUCCAAAAUCACCCAAAUCUACUCCACCCUCCACUCCGCCCACUUCCACCUCUCCUCCUUCCUCUACCAGUCCUUCCAACACCCACCACCUCCCCAACCCUCUCUCCCCCCUCCUCCUCCUCCUCCUCCUCCUCCUCUCGCCCACGAGAAUUCUCUCUCCUCGGCCGCCGCCAACCACAACGAUGACGAACCCAUGCAAGUUGCGGACGAGGACGACGAGGAGGAGCAGGGAGAAUCCAAUUCGAAGCCCACGAUUGACGGGGUUGAGGAGCGGAUGAGGGAUUUCUUCAUCCAGAAUAAGCGGCUGAAGCGGCCGCUCUCACCAGCUGCGGCUGCCGCAGCGGAGGAUCGGCAGCGGCUGUCAGAUGAGCGUGAUUUGGUGAGGGGUUCGGUGGGGUUUGAUCCGCUGGGGACGAGGUUGAGGGCUUUGGAUCUUAUUUAUCAGUUCCAUGGUUGAUAAUUUUCUUUUUGUGGUGUUUAGCCAUGGUUGAGAAUUUUCAUAUGUGACAUAUAGCAAAUUCUAUCUGAUUUUAAGUCCCUAAGAUGAACACACUUUAACA